UUCAAAUUUGACAGCUACAGUGCGGCGCCAUCUUCCGCCGAGACGCGAGAAUCAUUUGGCGCGAGCCUCAACAGUGGACGAGACGACGAGUAGCGGCUAUGAGAAUGACCACAUCUGUUGCCUCUAAGCCUCAACCUGCAGCACAUACAGUCGAGAUAUCUGCCCCUGUCAGUGUCAUUGUAAGUCAAAGCUCAAAGGUUGUCCUGGUGGAAAUGACUGAGGCUGAGUACCAGCAGAUCAUCCAGUGCCAUAUUGAAGCUCAGGUUGCAGAGACAGGCAGCUCUGACCUUUCGUCUGAUUACCCAAAAACUGUCUGUUCUCCCCAUACCCCAUCUGUGUGUCAGCCAGUCAAGCAGUGUGCCAUAUCAGAGUCCAAUAAUCACAGAUCGGUGGAUGUUCAAGAGAUUAAGAUGCAGUUGGGAUAUGAGGACAUGGCAGCCAGUGGUGCAGAAUUGUCCUGCUCAGCGAUGGAGAAAGUUAUGUGUGUUAUAGACCAGACGACUGACCUGUGUCAUCAGACAGGUGGACAGCUACGGUGCCGGCGGCCAAGCCCACCUGCACGUGUCUGCCUAGAGAAAAGGUUUUUGUCAAUGUUGUGUCAUUCAACAGCGACAGCCGGAAAAACCACGGAAGCAGAUACAGAGAAGUGGCAUCAGCAACCUUCUGCCACACUGAAAGAUGUGGCCGUGCUUCCUGUCAAACUUGCCCACAGCAGUAUGAAUAGGAUCUCUAAUGUCACACAGCAUUUAGAGAACUGCAAGCCUCCUGCUGGUUUGUCGGAUACUAAGCUUGGCAAGAGGCCGAAAUCACAGCUGGAUCAAACUCAGCGCAGAGAAAUGCAUAACAGAAAGGAGCGAGAUCGAAGGAGAAAAAUCCGCCUGUGCUGUGACCAGUUGAAUCUGUUGGUCCCGUUCUGUUCAGCCGACACUGAUAAAGCCACCACGCUAAAGUGGACCACAGCCUUCCUCAAAUACAUCAGAGAAAUACAUGGAGAUUCCCUCAAACAGGAUUUCCAGAACACGUUCUGUAAUACACCCGAACUUCAGCUGAAGCCGAACUGUGUUCAAGAGGUACAACACCUUGAAAAACACUGAAACCUUUGCACAACUGACUUAUUUCUGCUUAAUAUUAAAGAGAUAUAGAAACAGCCUUUUCAGAUUCGAUCUUAUCCACAUUGCAGAUUGUGUGGAUAAUAUCUAUAUAAAAUAGUUCAUGAUGGGAGCCAUGUUUGUUCCUGUUCCUUGGUUUACAUAUUUUUUGGUCCUGCUUGUUCAUACGAAUUUUACAAUAUGCAUAUGAACGUUAAAUUUGUUUGAAAGAACUGUCAUAUAGAAGGCACUGUAUGUUUUAAAGUUGAAGUCAAUUUUAGUGUAGUACAGUUAGGA